AGAGGCCCGAGAGUCGGGGAUGGAGCCGCGGCGGGAGGGGAACAGGGCAACGGGGCCCGAGCAGGAGGAGCCCGCCUGAGCAGAGCGCCCUGACUACGGGACGAUGACGGCAGGGAGCCCUGGAGCCCGCGGGCAGGCACAGAGUCCGGAGUCCCCCGGUCUGCCCUCGGCCCCGGCCCGAGCCCUCCGCCGCCUGGGCCGCCGCCGCCGCCUGGGCCGCCGCCGCUGCUCCCAGCCCGAGCUGCUGGGGCUCCGGGCUCGGCUGCGGCUGCGCUCGCCGUCGGGGGCCUUCGCGGCGCUGGGGGCGCUCGUGGUGCUGGUGGGUAUGGCCGUGGCCGUGGCGGGUUACUGGCCCCACCGCGUGGGGACGCCGGGGACCCGGGCGGCCAACACCUCGGCGCCGGCAGAGAUACGACGGUCGGGCCGUCUCCCAGGCCCCUCCGAGAAGCUGAGGCUCCUGGGACCCGUGGUCAUGGGCGUGGGGCUUUUCAUCUUCAUCUGCGCCAACACGCUACUCUACGAAAAUCGGGACUUGGAGACCCGACGGCUCCGCCAAGGGGCACUGCGGGCACAGGCACUGCGGCCCCCCGACAGCCCUGCCUGGGACAGCGGCUCCAGGACUGCCUUGCCGCCUGGGGGGGUCUGGCAGCCCGAUAUUAGAGACUUCUCGCCCCGUCGGGGCGCUUCCCCCGUCCCGUCCGUGCGGAGCCUGCGUUCGGAGCCCCCGAGCCUCCGCCCGGCCUUGCCUGCCCCGCCGCUCACCAGGUGGUCGCUGCGAGCCCCAGGGCCGCGAGGGGAGCCCUCCCCACCCUGGAGUCCUCGGGGCAGGCUGGGACACGUGGUCAUCGCCGUGCAGCCGCAGGUUCUUGCGGGGCACUCCAAAUCUCUGGACUUGGGCCGAGGAGGGAUGCUGCUGGGAACCCCGCCCGGCCGCGAUCGUGCACACCGCAGCUGGCCCCGCCUAGACCUGCUCAGCCUGGGCGGUUAUACCAAACUGGACGGCGGUGCGGCCUUAGGGGCCCGGGUCUGAAGAGCUUCUGGUGCAUACUUAUAAAGACUGCAGUGUGCGCACAACAUGGCGGGAGUAGGACAGAGGCGUCCGGAUGCCACCACAGAGCAUCUUCCAGACACCGGAGCUGGCACGUAGACCUUGAGCUCGUCCCAGGGCUUCUAUCGAUCGUUGUUCUCCACGCCCCAGUCUCUCCUGGGUCUGACUAGUUGGAGAGGAGAAAGCCGGAAGCCAGGCCACCUGUUCCUGCUCCAGGCCUGUAGCAAUACCUGGAGGAUGAAUUUCGGGAAAGGGCCGGGAUUUGACAAGUUCUCCCUCUUGGCCCCAGCCCUCCACUGACCUUCGAUCUGCAAAGCUGUCUUCCCAAGCCCAGCCAGAGCCCUGGGAUGACAUUUGAACGAAGGUGGGGGGGAUGGGGAGAAUAGAAAAAAUGCACUGCAGUUAAGUGAUUAUUGCUGGGACCUAGGAGUCUAUAAGGCGAGUUGGGGUGCCUCCUGCCUCUCUUUGCAGAGGGCUGAUGUGCUUUGGGGAAACAGGCCCAGGGUGCAGACCCCAAGUCUCUUCCUCAGGUUACCCACCCCAUCUCCAGUUUAUUUCUCUUGGCUCUAGGACUGCAAUAGCACCACAGGCCCCAGUCCCUCCAACCCCCACCCCCUUUCCACAGGGGCCUAGUUCCAAUUGGCCUGGGAUAGUGGCCGAUUCUCAGAAAUCCUUUACGACUCACUUGGAAGCUGUUUUCUUGGCAGGGUAGGCACCAGGAUCCAGAACAAGGGCUAGAUUUGGGUCCCCUUCCCAUGAUUCAUUUUUGUUAGGGACGUUAUAGGAAAUAAGCAGACCAAGUCUUUGUUUGAA